UUAUUAUAUGUUUACACAUGGUGUAAAUUUAAAAUGUAUAAUGAAAUUUUAUAUUAAAAAAAAUAGAAUGACUUGUAAUUUGAAACGACCCAAGUAACAUUGUAGCAAAGUUUCCUAGUUUCGAAUUGAUUGAUGGGCAUCCGGGUUAAUUUCUUUUCAAAAUCAGAAUUUAUAUAUGAACACAAAUCUUCCCACCUGCGCGGAAAGGGCACGAAAUCCGCCCCAUGCCCGCCACGAAAUCUCCACUGUAUUUUGAAAAUUCGUGAAAUCGCGCGAAACCAAAGCGGGAUUAGCUCUCGUCUUAUCUUUUCCCCCCAAAUCCAACCACAUUUGAGGAGAGGCCAGCCCAGCCACUCCCCGUCGGAUGCCGCCGCCGCUGCCAUGACCGUCGCCGCCGCCGCCGCAUGGCCGGUCUGCACCAUCUGCUACGAGGAUCUCCGCCCGCUCUCCGACCAGCACCUCCACUGCCUCCCCGCCUGCGGCCACGUCUUCCACGCCCUCUGCCUGGAGCAAUGGCUGGAGUACUGCCCCGGCGGCAAGAAGAAGCGCACCUGCCCCAUCUGCAAGCAGGCCUGCGGCGCCGCGCACCCGCCGACUCGCCUCUACUUCAGUUCCACCGGCACGUGUCCGACCCAGGCCUGCCCCUCGUCCCCGGGAAACGCCUCCGGGGGCGCCGACCCGGCGGCGCUCGCAGCCGAGGUCGCCCGGCUGGAGCACAAGGCGGCGUCCCUCGGCAAGGUGGUCGAGGAGCAGCGCGAGACCAUCGACGAUCUCAAGUCCCAGGCUGCCUUGUUUAGGGAGCAGAUGGAGAGGGGAGGCUUUUUGCUGCAAGCCGCGAAGAAGGAAAAAGAGUCUCUCCAGAUGCUGCUCAGUGUGAAAACAGAGGAGUUGUCGAGGAAGACAUCAGAGUGUGGGAGGUUGCAGGAGAAGAGCCUUGCAUUAGCCAAAGAGCUUGCGGCGCUGAAGCUGUCGGCAGACAUGAACCUUCAGGAGGAAGAAAUCCUUAAGUUGGCUUCACUUGGUAACCAUGGAAACCUGCAGAAUGCUGUUGAUGUUUUAAAGAGAUCGCUUGCUAUGCGGAACAAGAGCUACAAGGAAUUGAUGGUCCAAUGUAAUGUUUUGGGAAGAUCGGAGUCUCGCAUGCAGCAGAAGCUUGAGAAGGCCAAAGAGCUUAUAAAGAAGUUAAGGGCAAGGGUACUGGAACUUGAGAAGGAAUUAGAAGAUAAAGAAAAUAGUUUGUUAAGGGACUUGAGAUCUUCAAAGAAAUUUAAAGCAGACCAUAUAAAAUCUGGGAAUGUCACAGCUAAUAAUGCUUUCACUAGUUCAAGUCCUGGAUAUGAAAAUCAAACAAACAACCUCGAUGAAGUGAUGCAGGAUCCGUGCAACGACAAGACUCUUGACCGGUUAAAUCCUGAAGCUAAGAGGGAUCUGAAUGCCAAAGACAACCUGGUCAACAAGAAUGCAGAUGUGAUAGACCUAGAAGCCAAUGCUUCUGUUUUUGGAGGUGAACAGAAGGCUCAAUAUUCUGCUAAGCCAUUUGGGACUGAUGAUAGAACAUUGAAUUCUGAAAACAAGUCUAAUCUUUGUCAAAAUGAUGACCAACAGUCCAUGGCGUUUGAAUGCACAACCACACAUGUAGCAGAAGGAGGGCGCUUCCUCAAACACCAAGAAGCAACUGUAAAAUCAACCUUUAUGGCGAACAUUAGGGCCAAACUGCAUAUUCCUCAGGAGAGUCCUUCCGUGAGAACUAACUUGACAAGUUCAACAUGGGAGAGUGAAACACUGACAAUUGAUGGAAUCUCCAAACAAGCAACUAGGCUGGCAUCUGGCACUGGACCUCAGCAGAUUCACAACAUCAAUUCUCUUUCUGAUGAUUUCCAAGCACCAGGGAUUCCUGGCAUGGAUGGAGCAAGAAAAGGCAUUGGCAAAUGGUGCAAGGGCUCAACAGCUCCUGGUUCUGCAAGUGGAAACAGAGGCAGUCUGAUAGCUGUGGGACCAGAUGGUCGAGGAGGGAAGGUCAAAAUCCUGAGGGACCUUGGCCGAUCUCAGGAUAGCAAGUCUCAAGCGUUGUGGCCCAAGGCACCGAAGGUUGGAAACAAAGGUGGCCAGUCUCAGAUCCAUCACUUCUUUGGCAAGAGAUGAUCCUACUACUGAAGUAUACAUGCCUCUGGUGUGGAAGAGUAUCUGUUGUUAUGCAUGGAGCCUCGGUAGCUGAUCCCAAAUCUUGCAGGGGUAUAUAGGCUGACAGCUCUGGGCCUGAGAUCAUAGAACCUUCCCACAAUCUUUCUUGCCAGAAACCUGAAUCUAUCUUGAUCCCAUGUGCACUGUGUCGGUAUGUAAUGCAUGCUGUUGAACAACUGAACAUGUAUCUGUAUGUCAUGCUUGAGCUGGUCUGCGGCAGCAGAAGAGGAAAACCAGUGUUGGUCACUGAAUGAAGGCUAGAAGAGUUUGAUGGUAGGUACUGGAAGGUGGUGUGAACUUGGGAUCUCUGGAGAACCUACACAGCAGCUGUGUUGGAUCUAAUUCUCCAAUCAUAAUAGGACACGGAACAUCUAUGACUCUUCUAGUUUAUUUUAUAUCCGAAACUAGUACAAGUGUUAUGCUUCUGGAGUCCCUGAAAAUGAUGUUUAAUGGACAGCUACACCAGCUGCGGUCUUUUUCCUCAAAGAUGUGCACUUUCUUUGA